AUGGCGAAAACAAAUAUAUCGCCAAAGUGGCAUGCCCAUUUGCUCAAUGUCACUACAUCCAUGGAUUUUCGGACUAUUUUAGCUAUUACAGUGGGCUGCGUGGCCUUAUAUCUCUUUUUCCUGAGAAUCUCCGGCACAAGCUUGAGGAAGUUUCAGACCAGCAAUUCUAAGGAACUCAUUAUUAUUACCGGUGGUAGUGGUGGAAUCGGGAAGCAGCUCUCCAAAGACUUAGCCAGCGAGAAAGCAAAGGUUUUAAUUCUCGAUACCAAAAGACCUUGUUUCGACCUUCCAGAAAAUAUCCACUUCUACGAGGUUGAUAUAACAUCAGCAGAAGCGAUCUCAAAAGUGGGCUCCGAAAUCCGAAAGGCGUUUGGCAACCCUACAAUUAUCGUGAAUAAUGCGGGCAUCUUUCAUCAUGGCCCUAUUCUUGAAAAAUCGGAAAAAGAAAUACAAGAGACAUUCAAAGUAAAUACCUUGUCUCACUUCUUUCUUAUCCAGGAGUUUCUUCCCUCAAUGGUCAGGCUAAAUCGUGGCCACGUCAUUACUGUUGCAAGCAUGGCGACCUAUGUCACUGUUGGCGAAAUGGUGGAUUAUUGCUGUUCUAAGGCUAGUGCUCUUUCAUUUCACGAGGGGUUGAGACAGGAGCUUGACUUAUUCUAUAAUGCCCCCAAUGUGAAGACCAGUAUCAUUCACCCUCUCUGGGUACGGACUCCCAUGAUCGAUGGGUUCACGCGAUACCAGUCUCACUUUGGGCAGCAAAUCAUGGAUCCCAAAGAAGUUUCCGAGGCUAUUAUUGACCAAAUUACCUCCGAAAGAAGUGGCCAGAUUUUCUUGCCCAGAAGACUGGUCAUUGUUGGGUUUUUGAGGUCAUUGCCGCACUGGCUGCAGAAUUCGAUCCGGGCAUCCUUUUCAAGAAUCGUGUGGAAAGUGAGAAAUGUGCGCCUUGCCGACGAGGAUCAUACACGGGGCAAAUUAUCUAAAGCGAAUGACAAGACUUUCGGUUGA